AUGGAGUCUCCCUUUUUCGGCCGCACGGGAUUUCUAGACGCACAGCGAGAUGGCCUGCCCAUCAGCCAUAAACCCCGUCUUCUAACAGGAGAACGGGCAGGUGGGUUCAAAUGGUAUCCCACGCUACUCAGCUGCCCUCAAUGCCUCCUCUAUCACCUCUCGCAAGGGGGUGAGGUGGAUGUCUCCUUGUUACGCUACCUACGACUGUCGUAUAUGGUGGAACUCAUGGCGGAAAAGGAGAAACGGGAUCGUGCGGAGAAGGCGGUCUUGAUGCGGGAUGUGCUACGCUGGAAUGCACGUCAGAAAUACCCUUUGUCGUCGUCGUUGUCAUCAUCAUCGUCGUCGCCGAGGGUGGUGCGAUUUUCCCCACCCGAGCUCACAAUUGUGAUCGUGAAGGAUGGGAAAAGCGUGGGCACCAUUGCACAGGUCUCCCAUCGCGCAGCAACCCUUUUGGGCAAGGAUCACGCGUUAAAUGAUAUCUUUCUUGAUCAUCCAAGCUGCUCAGGGCAGCAUGCCGCCCUGACGGUGCAGUUUUCUCUCCCACCGGAUGUUGAAAAAGAUAUGGGGAGCACUUUAGCUCAGAACAGCCCCGGAGAGAACGCAUCAGGGGGGCUUUUAACACGCCCAGGGGCAAUGGAAUCGUUCGAUGCGGCCUGCACGCGGCUCUGGAGGCGGCUUGGAGAAUUGGAAGAGGAGCAGCGGGAAGCGGCUGGGGAGGAAGGUGGGGAGAUAUGGUCCUUGGAGUUACGGCUUAUGGACCUGGGGUCCACGAAUGGGACCUUUCUUAAUCAUGAGCGGCUUAUCCCGUACACCGCGGUGACGCUGUUGGAAGGGGAUGUGAUCACGUUUGGCACCUCUACGCGGAGCUAUGUCGUGAUGCGAUCCACCCAAUGA